AUGCCUGAAAUAUCUUCAUAUCGAGUUGGCUCUCCCAUCUAUGAACUGUAUUUGCAAGACAAACUAGGACAAAGUUGGUUGGACAAAGAGUACAUCGACCAUGAUUAUGAUGGAAAUGACUUCGAAGAUGAAAUUGGAAAGACUCGUAUUUAUUUGAACACGUUGAAGGACACAAGGAAUCGAUGGGAAAAGCGUAAUGGAGAUCUCAUUAACUUCCUUCUCGGCUUGCCAAAAGACAUGUUGGAUGCUGGUCGUUAA